UGUCUCUUCAAUUCUCUCUCUCUCGCCUCUUGCCAUUUUCUAGAGUGAGAAAAUAAGGAUGUUGGAGAGGUCCUUAAUUGUAGUUGAGCUCAUCACGUUCUAAAAGUUUGAUCAGUUGAAGGAUUUUGAGAAAUGGGUUUUUGAGGGGUGAGUUCAGUUUGAAAUAUGGAGGGAAGGAACCAGGCUCCUUUGGUAGAUACCUCUGCUUGCCUUUGCAGAGUUGAUACUGGCCUGAAAACUGUCACCGGGGCUAAAAGAUUUGUACCCAGUUCAAAGCUUUGUACACAACCUAGCAUCAAACCCUCCAUUCAUCCAUCCAAACAAAAGGCAACACGCACUCAUAAAACCUGUGGCCAGUCCCCUCUUCUCCCUGGUCUCCCUGAUGACCUCGCCAUCGCCUGCCUCAUUUGGGUUCCACGAGCUGAGCACUGCAAACUAAGACUAGUCUGCAAGCGAUGGUACCGUCUCUUGGCUGGAAAUUACUUUUAUACCCUUCGUAAAAACCUCAAACUUACAGAAGAAUGGAUCUAUGUCAUGAAAAGAGACAGAGAUGGAAAAAUCACUUGGGAUGCCUUUGAUCCAAUCUACCAAAUUUGGCAUCCCCUCCCACCUGUCCCUGGAGAGUACACCAAUGCCCUUGGGUUUGGCUGUGCCGUCCUCAGUGGCUGCCAUCUGUACUUAUUUGGAGGGAAAAACCCGACUAAAGGUUCGAUGAGACGUGUAAUCUUUUAUAGUGCGAGGACCAACAAAUGGCACCGAGCUCCUGAUAUGCUGAGAAGGCGACAUUUCUUUGGAUCAUGUGUGAUGAACAAUUGUCUCUAUGUGGCUGGAGGGGAGAGCGAAGGGAUUCACCAUUUGCUUACAUCAGCUGAAGUAUAUGAUCCAAGCAAGAACCGAUGGGCAUUAAUUCAAGAAAUGAGCACUUCAAUGGUGCCAUUCAUUGGUAUAGUCUAUAAUAAAAGGUGGUUCUUGAAAGGGCUGGGGCCUCUACGUCAAGUCCAGAGUGAGGCCUAUGAUCCAGAAACUGAUACGUGGGCCCCAGUGUUUGACGGAAUGGUGACAGGAUGGAGAAACCCGUGCGUGUGCAUAGAAGGAAAGCUAUAUGCUUUGGAGUGUAAGGAUGGGUGCAAGAUUAGGGUUUACAGUGAUGCGACCAAUUCUUGGAGCAAGGAUUUCGAUAGUGAGAUGCAUUUAGGGAGCUCGCAGGCUGUGGAGGCGGCAGCUAUUGUGUCUAUUCGUGGUAAGCUUUGUAUUGUGAGGAAUGAUAUGAGUAUUUCGUUGGUGCAUGUUGCGGGAAAUGAUGAAGAGAGAGGAAAUGGGAGGCGACGGUGGGAGACGAUUUCUGGGAAGGGGCAGAGUAAGAGCUUCAUCGCGAAUAUUUUGUCGAAUAUCGCAGGUUGGAAUCGUGUCAAGAGUCAUAUUAUCCACUGUCAGGUUCUCCAAGCUUAGAAUGCAACAUAGUGAUUUUAUCCCCUAUCAGGUUCUCCAAGCUUUAAAGAUGCCUUUUAAUUGCUGUAAUCAAAUCCCUGUUGAAAAGUGAUGAUGCAAGAAAGAAAGAAGAAAUCUCUGAUGGUUCUUGGUGUUGUUAUGUGCUGGUUGGACAAAAGCUCAGUGAAUAUUGGGAGAGUUCUCUCCCUACUAUUGUAAAUUUGUUGGUCAUCUAAUAAAAUGAUUGGUCUGUAAAUCUUAA